AUCUUACAGCAGACUUAACCCGACCGCUGAUGUAGUCGUACACUCAGCCGCGCACUCUCUCUCUCUCAUUCUGCACCGAGCACUCCAGUCCGUUUGGAAGUUGGCAGUGCGAGGAGUCUGACAUUUACGCGCGGGGAUAUCUACGCAAAAAAAAAUUAAGAAGUGCACUUGUUUUGCGGGGAUAGUUGCCAUAUCCACCGUAGCUGCCUAUCUACAUCAGUUCUUUAGCGCCUUCUGAGUCGCGAGCCCGUCCUACAACAGUCAUGUCCGAGGUUCUGCCGUACGGAGAGGGGAAGAUGAGCGGAUACGGAGCGGACAACGAUGUCAGUCAGAUGUCCUUCAGCUGCGGGCUCCAGGACACCAACUCGUUCUUCGGAGCGUCGCAGGCGAAAAGACCUCCAAAACUUGGACAGAUCGGCAGAGCGAAAAGAGUGGUCAUCGAGGACGACCGAAUAGAUGAGGUGCUGACAGGCAUGACCGACAAAUCAUCACCGGGCGUGUAAACCCGCGCGAUGCCUUGCAGACAUUUCAAUUUUUUAUCACCGAUUCGAAGCACUUGUCGGUUGUGCAUGUAAAGAAGAUUGCAAAGAGAUGGAGGGACGGUGGCACGACGCUCGAACCACGAGGAGACUCAACUAAAAAGGGAAAACGAGAAUUAAAGAAAGGAGAGACGGAAUUUCCUUUGGGGUUUGCUGGCAAUUCUCCGAUAUAAACGACAACCCGAAUGGAAGCUUUGAGGGAGAUGUCGAGGAUGUUGUUGAGGCUGCGCGCGCUGCGGCUCUGUGAAUAAGGAUGGAUGGACUUGUCAUUAUUAUUCCACGACCAUCAUCUUCCAAAAGAGCUGUAAGCAACACAAAGUUCAACCGAAGACUGAACUGCAUCUUACGCUGUGUUACUAUAGAUGUACAGUAUCUUAGCUCAAAGACCUUCCCCUUAACACACACAACACACACACACACACACACACACACACAUGGAUCUGCCUUGAGCGUCGACUUCAAUCCGACUGCUGCUUUUAGACAUUUUAGACUUCACGCACACAAAGACAUUGAGCUCCCAUAAUGAUAAAUGAGCUAUAUAUACGGAUGGUGCAAUGUGAAUAUUUUCUCUCGCUAUUUUGCAUCAUAGAAGAUGAUCAUACACAUGCCCACAGGUGUUGAAGAGUGUAGUCUUUAAAGCGUCGUUUGGUGAUCUAUUGUUUUGCCCUUCACUGCAGCUGAUUUGCGCACCUGCGCCACGGAUUCACAAGCACAGAGGAACAUUGUGCAUUACCACCUCUUGUAAUUAACCUAAUAUGAAUGCAU